UUGAAAGCUCCACAUUCACCAUGUAGCUCUUCAAAAGGUUCGGGCUAGUAGUGGCAUGAAAUGAAGGUGGGGGAUAAAACUGUCUUACGGGAGAAAGAUUAAGGAUAAAAUAGAGAAAAUCUCUCUAAAUAAAAUUACAUCGCACUUACGAUCCUGAAUGUACUUCAUCAAAUUCACGAAGCAAAACCUAACCCUAGAAAGUCCCUGGCUCUCAGAGAGAGGCGUUGUGGGUAUUCCCUUUGACACAGAGAGGAGAAAGGGAAAGAUGGAUGCUAUGCGGAAGCAGCUCGAUGUGCUGAUGGGUGCAAACCGUAAUGGCGACGUAAGGGAGGUGAAUCGGAAGUACUACGAUCGCGAUGUUUGCCGCCUCUACUUGUCCGGCCUUUGCCCUCACGAACUCUUUCAAUUAACGAAAAUGGAUAUGGGGCCAUGUCCAAAGGUCCACUCUUUGCAGCUGAGGAGAGAGUAUCCUUAUAUUACUCACAAUGCUGGAUAGGUGCUUUUUUAGUAGUAGGGUGAUGUCCAAAUUUAUAACAAUUGUUGUGAAGUUUUUGUUUGUAGGUUCAAUAGAUUUCAUAAAUUUUAAGAUUUUGAUUAUAUGGUACAGGGGGAUGGCCAUAGUUGGAGUUUGACUGCAUUCUCCAUUAUUUCAACUCUAAGGUGUUUAAUUUGUUAUAAAAAAGAAUAAUUAAA